AUGUCAAAGCAGAACUGGCUGCCAGGUUCUCCCAACAUUCCUCAGUCCUUACCUGUUGCAGGUUAUGGCUGGAAUGCCCUGCCCUCUACCGCCUCCUCCAACUCUCUAGAAGCAGGAGACUGUGAAGUCCAACACUCAGGGGCAGAUGGAGACAGCUAUCACAUGCCAUUCUGCAUCAGUGUGGGCAGCAAGACCCCCAAAGAGGAGCUCUGCGUAAGGCCUAGGGCCCUGGAGGGCUUCUUCGAGUUCCUCCAGCAACCUUCAUGCAAGGUGGUGCUGGGGACUGCCCUCUUGCUAGGAGGCGGAGGCCUCGUGCUGUGGACUCAGAGGAAGAAAAAGAAGACAGCCUCAGAGUCUACACGAGACAAGUCUCCAGAAUCCCACAGAGCAAAUGACAGCUGGAUCAAAUCUCACUUUAGCCGACUCUCAGAAGAGAGGCUGCCCACCUCCUGCUAUGUCAGCAACAAUGGCCCUCCACUGGCAAGUAGGCAUGGGGAGGCCAACACCUCUGUCCACAUGGAUACCCUCACCUCCACACAUGGAGAAGGGGGCACAGCUCUGCGCCGAGAUUCCUUUGCCAGCAAGCAAAAGGUAUCUGGGACCUCAGUGACCAAAGAGACUCAGAGGGAGUCAGGGAAGUCAUCCUUGGAGGAUGAGACAUGGGCUGCUGUGGCAGCUUGCGCCAAGGAGAUUGAUGCCAAGGGGCAUCGGGUGGCUAAUUCCAUGCUGCAACGCUCCACCCCGACCUACCAGCGCACAGGCCAUUCGGAGUCCAGGGACAUCAGCCCAGAUGAGCUGAAGGCUCUGGAGGAAGUGGAGAUAAAGCUGAAAGGGAAUUUCCUCACUCAGCGGGAAACCACCCUAGCUGGUGCCAACCAAACACACACCAUCUAUAGCCAGAGUCGCCAAAGCCAUCAAAGCCACCAUCCAGCCUACCAGAGCAGCCAGAGUCAUCCUGUUUACUCCAGCCACCCGGGUCAUUAUCCAAGUCACUUGAGCCACCAGGGUUAUCCAAGUUACUCAAGCCAUCAGAGUCAUCUGGGCCACUCAAACCACCAGGGUCAUCAAGUCCACUCAAGACAUCAGAGCCAUAGUCUGCCUAACCGCAGCCACCAAAACUAUGCCUCUUGAAGCCUCUUAACCAUGCGUCCCCUCCCCCCGCAGGGCUGGCUCACAUGCGCAGGCCUGUUUUCUCUUCUAUAGGGAAACCUAUGCGGUCAGGGUGAGAGACUGCCACCCAAAUCCCUACUACUUCUGGCCCAUCAGAGGUCAUGAGGGAGGGAGGGAGGAACGCAGCUCCAACAGCCCAAGGGCCCUGAAGACCCAUCAGAGAAGACACGAGGCAGAUUACAGGAGCAGCCACAAGCCCCACCCUGACUCCUCAUGCCUGGCCGGAGCCAAUAAAACCCUGCAUGCCCUCAUUGUGUGUCCAGGGACUCUGUGGCCAGCUGAGUUCUGGGCAGGCUUGAAGGAGAGGGUGUGUCCCCAGCAGUUCUGUAAGUGGGUCUUAG